AUGGCCGGAAACUUCCAACACCCAUUCCAUUGCGUCCGAUACGUGGAUAGACAAUCUACUGGCUCCCAGAGCUUGCUGAUUGCUUCUUCUGGUCCGCAACUUUACUCUUAUGCUGCUGAAACCGGACAGCGGCUCGCCAUUUGGCCCCGGGAUGUAGAUGGCGCGGAAGUGAACCAAGAGCCUCCAGAGAAGAAGCGAAGAGUCUCCAACUCUGAAGCGCCUGCAAAUGAAGAAUCGAAACCCGCUGGCAAAGAUUCAGAAAAACCUCCGGCUUCGAUUGCAUGGUCCAGUAUCCCCCUGCUGGUUGCUUCUUCUAGCGGCAAGCACGUGGUUGCCCUUACAUCGGAAGACAAAUGCAUCCGUGUUUUCUCAGUAGGGGAUGAUGGUGCCCUUGGGCAAUUGAGUGCACGAAAUAUGCCAAAGCGGCCAUCCGCCAUUGUCUUGGCCAACAACGAUACCACCAUUCUGUGUGGGGAUAAAUUUGGAGAUGUCUAUUCUUUGCCAUUGAUUCUCGGUGAAAUGCCAACAGCUCUCCCAUCCCGGACAAUCGGCCAGACGAGGAGCCAGCCUGCAGCGACGUCCUUAACUGUGCACUCCAAGAAGAACUUGCAGGCUCUGGAACAGCAGAAACGGCAAUGGAAUGAAGGCUACAGACCAGAGGAGAAGACCGGACCGGCAUUCGGACAUCAGGUUUUGCUUGGUCAUGUCUCUCUGCUAACGGAUAUGAUCUACGUUUCGUUGCCUGAUAGUAAACGCUCUUAUAUCCUAACUGGAGAUCGGGACGAACAUAUCCGGGUAUCCCGUGGCCCUCCUCAAGCCCACAUCAUUGAGAACUUUUGCCUGGGUCACGAUUCAUUUAUCAGCAAGCUUUGUGUUCCUCAGUGGAUGCCAGAAUAUCUCAUUUCAGGUGGCGGUGACAGCCACUUGUUCGUCUGGAAAUGGGCAGAGAGUCAAAUACUUCAAAAGGUCCCUCUCGUGGAUAAUGCCUCGGAUACUACGGAGGUCGCUGUUCGCGGCAUCUGGGCUGUGUCUCUUGGAACAUCAAAUGUCAUCAUUGUUAGUCUUGAGGGAUCCUCACAACUUCUCUGCUAUGUGCUGGAACCAACCGGGACACUGAAGGCCCACAACCCUAUCCAGCUCUCUGGCAAUGUUCUUGACCUGACGAGAAACAAUGAAGCGAUUGUUGUUUCUGUUGACGGUGUUCGCAAGGCUGGAUCGACUCAAGAAUGGAGGGAAAGCCCUUCUUCUCCCCAGACUCUCUUGGAAGCAUUCCACGUGAAGGCUGACUCAGAAUCUCUGGAAUGGGAGCCCGUCCAUGAAUUGACAAGAGCAAUCAACACCCAGGGUACUUCGGAUAUCACAGAAGCAGCUGAGGGGAAGCAAAGAAAGGAACUGAAUGAGUCUACGUACGGCAUGGCUAAUCUCCGGAAGAGAAAAGGCGAAGAUGAUUGA